AGAUGGUCCAGGUCUGCCUGUGUUUGCUGACUGUGUGGUCAAGAAGAUCCUCGACAUCAGAACCAAUGGUGUGAAUCCAAAUGACCUCAAUCCAGAGAUGGUAGCAACACUUGUAAAGAUGACACAUGCCUCAUCAGACAGAGAGUUACAAGAGCUGUAUUUCAGCAUUUACGACCAGCGAGAGGCAGCAGGCUUCAUGCUCCUGUGUAACUCAUUCAAAAAAGACCACAUCCCCCUCCUGCAGUCCGCCCUUGUGAGCAACAUGGUCCUGGAUUGCAGAGAUGAACUGGACCAGUUCAUUGAAGGUCUACGAACUCACAAUGUGCUGACAUUGGUGAGGGAGGAGAAGCUGUGCUGUCUCUUAGCGGUGGGAAGCCUCCAGUCACCGCUGCUGAUGAAAGAGGUCUGCUUAACUUCAAGUACCGUCAGGAUAUCAACCGGGAGGCUGACCAGGAAACUGGCCAGCUGUUUGUAAGAUUUAUUCAGGCGACGAAGGGUGAUUGGGCCACUGUCAACGGGAUUACCCUGAAGCCACAUGAUGUCCUCAUGUGGACGACGGGAUCAUCAGAAAUCCCAGCUGUGGGUUUCCACAAGCUCAUUGACAUAGAGUUUGGGUUGGAGGAAAGGGUUAACACAUGUGCACUAUGUGUAACUCUCAAGCAUCUGACGCCGAUGGUUGAGGACCCUGUGUUGUAUUUCAGUGAGCGUUUAAUUAACUCAUCAACAUUUGGUGCUAUAUGACAUGUCUAUAUGUUAUGGAGACUGUCAACUGUGUUGUAUUUUUAGCUAUCCUAAAGUUUGAUAACUUUUGCAAUAUUGAAGAAAGCAACUUCAUAUUUGGCAUGCAUGUGUAUCUCACGGAGCUGCACAUUUUUAGUGGUGAAAAGUCAAGGUCAUUCUUCAAGGUCAAAGAUCAUUGUAUUUUUCUUUCCUAAAACUUUAACCUUCAUUAAAGUUUGGUCAUAACUUUUUGAAUAUUGAAGAUAGCAACUUGAUAUUUGACAUGCAUUUGUAUCUCAUGGAGCUUCACAUUUUGAGUGGUGAAAGGUCAAGGUCAUCCUUAAAGGUCAAAUUAAUGGCUUCAAAGCGGGGAUAUAGGGGGCAUUGCGUUUUUGACAAACACAUCUUUUGUUUAACAUUCAGCAUGGUGUCCACUCUCUAAUUCUAGUAGUUUUCAUCCGCUCUUCUUCACACUUGGUAAGAAGUUGUAUCUAGAUGAUGUGUAGCCCAAGUUCAAACAUGGGCCAUGCCAGGGCAAAAACUAGGUCAGGGAGUCACCUAGUGCCUUUUAAACAUUGAGCAUGGUGUCUGCUAUUUUUUGUGAAGGUAACAUGCAAAAUAUUCUAAGUCAAUGCAGCAUGAAACUAUUUUACUUGUGUAUACUUUAAAUUGAAUACUGCUUAAAAUGAGUAGUAUAUGAGCAAUACAAACAAACUCAUUUUGUUU